AUGGUUGAACAAGACAAUAAUCACAGUUGUAAAAGUUUUCUUCCUUGUGGUUCUAGUAGCUUUUUUCAACAAGAAGCAGAUGAUCCUUUUCCAUAUAGUGGUGAUGAAAUACUUAGGCUUGUUUCAGAUUUUGACUGUGAUGACUAUGAUGACAAUUAUGAGAAAGAGCCAUUCAAAUAUAAUAAAAAUUUGUUUGAACUCUUAGUGGAUACAGAUAGCGAUGAUGAUUUUAGUAAUACAACUUCAUAUUCUGAAUAUUCAGAAUGUAAUAAUGAACUCAAUGAAGAAGAGGAUGAUAUUAGUAAUGAUCAAUUUGAGAAAAAGAAUAAAACAAAAAUCAGUUCGCUAAUUCAACAAGAAAUAGAAAAUUCUAAUAGUCUAGAAAGGUUAUUUAGUUCAAAAUU